GCGAACAGGAGGCGAAGUGGAGCGGAGCGAGCUGCGGAGAUUAGUCCCGGUUUUUGACGGUGUGCUCCCGCAGCACAGGAAGACAACAUUCCGCUGUCCCCUACCAGGAGCCGACACCCUCCUUCUUCUUCUUCCUCAUUCUCCUCCUCCUCCUCACCGAGAGGACAGAGAGAGCGGCACGGAAACAGAGGCCGACCCACACGGUUACAGAGGGCGAGGAGAACCGGGACGACGCAGCGGUGCUCGGCCGCCUCCCUGUCGAAGGAAUCCGGUCCAGAGUGAGAAAAGACUGUGCCGAGCGGCUGAUGUUCAACAAGAGCGAGAGGCAGACGAGCAGACGAGCAGACGAGCGGCUCUGAGGACAGCUGGAGACGAUUACACCCAAACUGAGGAAAUAUAAUCCCGGCGUUCACACUGAACUUCUCUCUGUGGAUUUUUCUCUUCACUGUUUUACAUUUUUUUUUUAACCACGUCUGUUUUGAGAGAGGGGAAACAUUCACUGAAACAGACAUUAAUCUCUUUUUUUUUUAUGGCAGUGAGAGUAUUGAAUGUUUGACCUGGACAGCUGCCUAAAGACAUGAGUGACCGGGUGCUUUUUCUCUUUUUUCUGAACCUUUUCACUGCCAGAUUUGUGAAACUCUGGGAGCCGAAGGGGGAUUUUUUUUGUUCAAAUUGCGCAAUCUGUGUUCUUACCUCUCUGUUAUCUCACUCUGUCUUUUUCUGACAACGUUUUGUUUCUGGUGAAACGAACAUGCUGAACUGUGGUUUCUCUGCCAGAAGCCUGAGCAGCAUUUAAAUUCCACUUUAUCUUUUACGAGACGACAAGUCCUCCCUUGUGUGCGUGAGUGUGUUUGCAUCUUUCGUCACUGUCCCUCUGCGAUACAUUAGCACGUCUCAGGGGACAGUAAUCCGCCCUUCUGGGAAAAAUGGGAUCAGAAAAGGACUCAGAGUCGCCGCACUCCUCUGUGAGCGGCGUCCCCAACCCUAAGUGCCGAGCGGCGGGCAAACGCCAGGGCCGCAUCUCCUUCCACAGCCUUUUCCACAGCAAACGGGGCUCUCGGGGCACAAGGGGCUCCAAAGGAGCAGCGGCCACCCCUUUAUCACAUCUUCACCAACACACUCAACAACCGCUCCUGCCUUCUGCCUUGAGUCCACCGCCCAUUGCAACCUCAGCUACAUCCACAUCCACAUCCACAUCCACCACCACCACCACCAUCACCGCCGCCACCACCACAGCCACUACGAGCCCCCAGGAUGCUGCUGCCUCCAGCUCUCCACCGAAGCCACUCUCCUCCAGCCAGCCGUCGCUGGGUGGAGCCCCCUCCUCUGGGGAGGCCGCCCUCCUCGAGUGCCCGCUGUGCCUGGUGUGCCAGCCCGCCGACCAGCUCCCAGAGCUGCUGGGCUGCAGCCACCGCUCCUGCCUCUGCUGCCUGCGCCAGUACCUCCGCAUUGAGAUCACAGAGAGCCGAGUCCAACUCAGCUGCCCCGAGUGCGCGGAAAGACUGGUCCCGCGCCAGGUGGCGGACAUCUUGGACGAUGCGGCCCUGCUGGAGAAGUACGAGGAGUUCCUGCUGCGAAGGUGCCUCGCCUCCGACCCGGACUGCCGAUGGUGCCCUGCGCCUGACUGCGGCUUCGCCGUCAUCGCCUCAGGCUGUGCCAGCUGUCCCAGGCUGGUUUGUGGCAGAGAGGGCUGCGGCGCCGAGUUCUGCUACCACUGCAAACAGGCCUGGCACCCCAACCAGACCUGCGACUCUGCUCGCCAGCAGAGGGCGCAGUCCCUGCACACCCACAGCAACCACUCGCCCAGCUACACACAGGACCAGGGACCUGCAGAUGACAUCAAACCCUGUCCUCGCUGCGGCGCCUACAUCAUCAAGAUGAACGAUGGCAGCUGUAAUCACAUGACCUGCGCCGUCUGCGGCUGCGAAUUCUGCUGGCUCUGCAUGAAGGAGAUCUCCGACCUGCACUACCUCAGUCCAUCCGGCUGCACUUUCUGGGGGAAGAAGCCCUGGAGCAGGAAGAAGAAGAUUCUGUGGCAGCUGGGAACUUUGAUCGGGGCUCCAGUCGGCAUCACCCUGAUCGCGGGCAUCGCUGUCCCCGCCAUGGUCAUCGGCAUCCCCGUUUACGUUGGCCGCAAGAUCCACGCUCACUACGAGCUGAAGAAGGCGUCUCGUCACAGGAGGAACCUGGCCAUCACCGGAGGCGUGGCCUUGUCCAUCAUCACUGCGCCCGUCAUCGCAGCUGUCAGCGUGGGCAUCGGUGUCCCGAUCAUGUUGGCCUAUGUUUACGGCGUGGUGCCCAUUUCUCUGUGUCGAGGUGGAGGCUGCGGCGUGAGCCGAGGAAAAGGACGAGGCGUACGCAUCGACUUUGACGAGGACGACGGUCCAAUCACAGUGGCGGACGCGUGGCGCGCGCUCAAGUCCCCGAGCUUUGGCGAGAGCAGCCUGGACGGCGCGGUCAGUGGUCUGAGCACCACGUCCCCCAGUGAGGGCCUCUCUGUGGCCCCCGGGACUCUGGGAGACACGCCGCACUUCAACACUCUGGCAGGUGGAGCUCUGGGAACUCGCACUGGAAAAUACAGCAGGCUGGAGGUUCAAGCAGCAGAGUUGGCUAAAGAAUCUGCUCAGAGGGAGACGGGCAGCCUGGGAGCAGGAAGUGACUGUGCCAGCACCAGAGGAAUGGCUGGAUCCAUCAUCUCCUCCUACACGCUACCUGACAGGGAGUGCACCAACCUGGAGAUCCAGGUGGACAUCGAGACCAAACCCAGCCAUCUCUGCCUGACCAGUGAAGAGGACCUGACCCCGCCUCCGGGCUCCGCCACGAUAGCGGCGACCUUGGGCGGGGAGGAGCCUCAGGACUGCAGCUCCAGAAGGGGCGGAGCGUUGUCGGACUCCGUGCUGGGACUGUCGCCGGGGGUGUCGAUCAGGGAGGGGCUCAGAGACGUCACCCUGGCUCAGCCGGAGAGCAUCCGCAGCGACCUGGAGAUGUCGGACACGCAGUCGGACGACAUCGCUGAGCUGACGUCGGAUGACUGCGACUCGCCGCACCCCAAGAGCUGCCACCUGGUGGCCGCCGGGCCGCAACCGCAGCCUCCGUCCUGUCGAGCUCUGAACCCGUCCACCGAAGGCCUUCACUGUCCCGCGGACAGCAACGUCAUCCUCUACGUCUGAGAGAAGACUCAGGAUUGCACAAGAAAACAACAACAACAACAACAACAA